UUCGAUCAGCCAUGAAGGGGAUUAUUUCGGUGCUAUUUUUGGCCUUGGCCCUGGCAACUGCUGUCUCAGCCCUAAACCUUGAGGAGAUCCUCAAUGUCGGUAUGGAAGCGGGCUUGGACGUCGACAUGGACGUGGACAUGGACGUCAACAUGGACAUGGAUAUGGACUUUAGCAUGGACUUCGCCAUUGACUUUGCCAAGGAACUAGAUUUGCCCGAUGAUGUGGAGAUCGAUCAGUUUGGUUUGGUGGACAAAAUGGUGCAUGCCGCCAUCUCAGAGGCCGAAUACUUGGCCAAGGGCAUCGUCAAGAUGGUGGAGCAUCAGCUGCUGAAGAUCUUCCUGUCGCCGUUCAAGCAGCUGGAGCAGGCAGCGGAAGACAUCAACAACCGGGCCCACGAGAGCGAGGAGUGUGUGUCCAACGAGGCCGUACACGUGGUCAACACCCUGGAGUCGGCCACAAUGGGCUUUCUGGGCUGUGGUCGCGAUGCCACUGUCACCUCUGUCAAUCUGAUCCUCGACACGAAGAAGGCCGUCGUACAGCUGACCUUCGGUGGCUAUUCCCUGGUCCAACAGUUGCAGUCCUGCCGCAGCGCCAAGCUCAGUUGGGUGAGGAAAAUGUGCAAGACCCGUCUGUACAUCAACGGUUGCAUCUACGCCGUUAAUGCCCAGAAGUCGAUUCGUCAUCUGAUCGCCCUGCGUCGCACUGUUCCUGCAGUCGGCACCGAUGCCCAGAGCUGCACCUCGGCAGCCACCGAGAAUGCUAUUUUCGGAUUCGCCGAGAUCAAUGCCAACAUCGAUACCUGCAUCGAUACCAUAAUUCACUGAGUUUUCGGCAACUGAAAAUACCAAUAAAUG